UUUUGGUAAUGUUAAACGGGAAAUUAAGCGAGCUGUUGGAGUCUUUAACGCAGCGCUAGAAGAGGAAAUCAAAGAGGAAAGUGUGUUAGAGAGAGAAGCAGAGCAUCUCCAUCGGCGGAGAACAAAACAAAAGAGAAAGAUCCACCUCGAAACCCUCAUCGUCUCCUUUCCGCUCUCUUUUUCCCUCCUCCAAUUUUGUGAAUCCGGAUCGAGAAGACGAGGGAGGGAUGAGGGAGGAGGAGGAGGAGGAGGAGGAGGAGGGCAGCGACUGGUUCGCGCGAUGGGAGGAGCAGCUGCCGUCUCCGGAGGAGCUCAUGCCGCUCUCACAAUCCCUCAUCACGCCCGGACUCGCCUUCGCCUUCGACUUCGACAUACCCAUCGCGGCUGGCAACCCCAGUCCCACCGUCUCCCCCGGUUACAACCUCCACCGCGCCGGCCACGCUCUCACUUCCACCUCCCCCAACCAUCUCCCGCCGCUGCCGCCUCCCCCGGAGUUUGAGUCCUCCGAUCUGAACUCCGCCUCCGGUAGCGGCGGAGCCGGAGCCGGCGAUGAACCGGCACGGACGCUCAAGAGGCCCCGCCUCGUCUGGACACCGCAGCUGCACAAGCGGUUCGUCGACGCUGUCGCGCAUCUCGGGAUCAAGAACGCCGUUCCCAAGACCAUAAUGCAGCUCAUGAGCGUCGACGGCCUCACGCGCGAGAACGUCGCGAGCCACCUCCAGAAGUAUCGACUCUAUCUCAGGCGUAUGCAAGGCCUCAGCUCCUCUGGCGGAGCCGGUAGCGCCGGCGGAGGCCCGAUAUCAGCCACCGACCAGUUGUUCGCAAGCGCCCCGGUGCCCCACCAUUUCCUCAGCCGAGGAGGACCAGUCGCGGGGCUAGGGGCGCCGGAGCCAUUCCUUCCCUACGUGCCGGUGUCUGCGCUGCAGCACCACCAGCAGAUCGCCGCCGCAAUCCAGCAGCAACACUUCCACCAGAGGCAUUUGGGGCAACUCGGAUCUCCCACUGGUAGCGGAGUAUUUGAACACGGGUUCCUGGACCGGUCGGCGGUGUCCCCAUCGGGGAUACAUGCAGCGUCUGGGAUAGGGUUGGUGCAGCACACUGCCUCACCAGCCACCAAUUUUUCUGAUGAUUUGGAGACUUCCGGAAGGGGAAGCAACGGCGAGAGGAAGGUGCUGACCCUGUUUCCAACAGGCUGCCAGCAGGGGCUGGUUUCUGCUGAUUGCUGAGUGCAGUCCGAGCUCCAAGUUCGUACAGACUGAAGGGUCGAGUGAGCAAGCAGUAGAUUGAUCGACCUGGCAGUAAAGCCAAACAAGUUCGGCCAGACAGAGAGCUGACUGGGCGAGAAGCUGGUAGGGCGAGCAGACAGACCAAGCGAGAGACUGGUCGGGCUAAUAGACAGGCCGAGUGAGAGGCCGGUGGGACGAACAAGCAGGUCAAGAGAGAGGUCGGUCGGGUGAAUAGACAGGCCGAACGAGCUGGUGUCAGCCGAGCGAAGAGGCUUAGCGGACAAGCGGAUAAGCUGACCGAGCGGACGAAGAGGCCGAUCGGGCGGACGAGGAGACCGAUCGGGCGAGCAGACGUAGAGGCUGAUUGAGUUGACCGAGCGUUUGAGCAAGUGGUCGGCCGAGCUUUGACGCCGAGUGGGACCAGCAGAACAGAGCGAGUGGUGGACCGAGGCCUGCGAUUGACGCAGUUUCCUUGAAACAAAUUUGCCUCACCUCCGGCUAUGUUUCAAGGUUUCCUCAAGUCGUCUGUUUUUCAGGAUAUAAUGGUGAACCGUGAUUCCCACCAAGUACUGCUGAUCACGGUGAACUGAGCGGUACCUGAACUACACAAGCACUCCGCUGAACAAAAAUUGCACAACAGAGGAGGAGGGAAAGUAGAUGGAGAGCUUUUGCUGCUUUUCUUUUCUAUGUGCGUAACGUUUUGUCUAUGGUCGCAGCCUCCAGCUCAGACCAAUGGGCAGUGUUAAUGAUCAUUAUUUGCUAGCUGUGUAAUGCAGUGUUUCAU